GGAGAACAGCGCUGGGGGCGGUGGUUGCGGUGACUGAUACCUUCGGGGUCAGUCCCCAGAGGGGGCGAUUCGCAGGCCCCCAGCUGCCUCCCGAGCUCCGAGUACUUGGGGGAGGAGGCUUUCUGCUAGUACUGCUGCCACUUCCGAGGCACGAGACUCCAGUUGUUUGGCCGAAGUGGUUGUGGGCCGAGCACACGCUGCUCCGGAGGCGUUCGCGGCUAAGGCAGUGCCUUCCUAUUCUGGCAAUGCAGCAAGUGUUGGAUAACCUUACGGAGCUGCCCUCAUCUACAGGAGCAGAAGAAAUAGACCUAAUUUUCCUCAAAGGGAUUAUGGAGAAUCCUAUUGUAAAAUCACUUGCUAAGGCUCAUGAGAGACUAGAAGAUUCAAAACUAGAAGCUGUCAGUGACAAUAACUUGGAAUUAGUCAAUGAAAUUCUUGAAGAUAUCACUCCUCUAAUAAAUGUGGAUGAAAAUGUGGCAGAACUGGUUGCUAUACUCAAAGAGCCUCACUUCCAGUCACUUUUGGAGGCCCAUGAUAUUGUGGCAUCAAAGUGUUAUGAUUCUCCUCCAUCAAGCCCGGAAAUGAAUAAUUCUUCAAUCAAUAAUCAGUUAUUACCAGUAGAUGCCAUUCGUAUUCUUGGUAUUCAUAAAAGAGCUGGGGAACCAUUGGGUGUAACGUUUAGGGUUGAAAAUAAUGAUUUGGUAAUCGCCCGAAUCCUUCAUGGAGGGAUGAUAGAUCGGCAAGGUCUGCUUCAUGUGGGAGAUAUCAUUAAAGAAGUCAAUGGCCAUGAGGUUGGAAACAAUCCAAAGGAAUUACAAGAAUUACUGAAAAAUAUUAGUGGAAGUGUCACCCUAAAAAUUUUACCGAGCUAUAGGGAUACCAUUAUUCCUCAACAGAGUUGCAUCAGUAUGGAGAGGCAUCCAGCACACGUCCGUCAGGUAUUUGUGAAAUGUCAUUUUGAUUAUAAUCCAUACAAUGAUAACCUGAUACCCUGCAAAGAAGCAGGAUUGACAUUUUCAAAAGGAGAAAUUCUUCAGAUUGUAAACAGAGAAGAUCCAAACUGGUGGCAGGCUAGCCAUGUAAAAGAGGGAGGAAGCGCUGGUCUCAUUCCAAGCCAGUUCCUGGAAGAGAAGAGAAAGGCAUUUGUUAGAAGAGACUGGGACAAUUCAGGACCUUUUUGUGGAACCAUUAGUAGCAAAAAAAAGAAAAAGAUGAUGUAUCUCACAACCAGAAAUGCAGAAUUUGAUCGUCAUGAAAUCCAGAUAUAUGAGGAGGUAGCCAAAAUGCCUCCUUUCCAGAGAAAGACAUUAGUAUUGAUAGGAGCUCAAGGUGUGGGACGAAGAAGCUUGAAAAACAGAUUCAUAGUGUUGAAUCCCACUAGAUUUGGAACUACAGUGCCAUUUACUUCACGGAAACCAAGGGAGGAUGAAAAAGAUGGCCAGGCAUAUAAAUUUGUGUCACGAUCUGAGAUGGAAGCAGAUAUUAAAGCUGGAAAAUAUUUGGAACAUGGAGAAUAUGAAGGAAAUCUCUAUGGAACCAAGAUUGACUCUAUUCUUGAAGUUGUCCAAACUGGGCGAACUUGCAUUUUGGAUGUCAACCCUCAAGCCCUGAAGGUGCUGAGGACAUCCGAGUUCAUGCCCUAUGUUGUGUUUAUUGCUGCUCCAGAGCUAGAGACGUUACGUGCCAUGCACAAGGCUGUGGUGGAUGCUGGUAUCACUACCAAGCUUUUGACGGAUUCUGACUUGAAGAAAACAGUGGAUGAAAGUGCACGGAUUCAAAGAGCAUACAACCACUAUUUUGAUCUGAUCAUCGUAAAUGACAAUCUAGACAAAGCCUUUGAGAAACUACAAACUGCCAUAGAGAAGCUGAGAAUGGAGCCGCAGUGGGUCCCAAUCAGCUGGGUUUACUGAUGAUUCAAUAAGGUUCACAAUCAAAAUAAAACUUUUAAAAAGUGACUGUAACAAGUAAACCUACUGAGAAAAUACAUGCACAGAUAGAAGAUACCUGCCAAGUCCAGGCAUUUUUAUUGUGUAGAUUGAAAUACCAGUACACUAUUCUGAAUUUUUAUAUAAAAUGUGGUUGGGAAGGUGUACUAAUAUAUAAUUUAUCUUAAUUUUUCUAACUUUUUAUGGAUAAUCUUUCUAUUCAUAUCACACAAAAAAAUGCGUUGAAGCAUUUUAUAUAUGUUUUGAUUUAGUACCCUUGCCUUUUUCAUCAGAGGAAUUUUCAAAUCAUUUACUCUAACAUUGGUCUCACAUUUUCACUGUGAUAAUGAAUACUUGAAAUAGUUUUGUAAAACUGUCAUUUAGUUCAGUAGUAAAGGGUCAGCUACUCUUAUUAGGCGAAAAUAGUAGUUAUUGGCCUUCUUUCCUAAUAUACAAUUUCUUACAGAAGCAGAAUUUUAAUGUAAGUGCUACAGCUAGUCUUCUGCCAUUCAAAUAUGACAUCAGAAGUCUGCUCAAUGCUACAUAGUUUCAUUAUUUCAGAGAUGUAUGGCUAUCCACUCUAAUUUACACAGCUAUGUUAGUUUUUUCCGUUUGUUCUCACUUGUGAAAAAAUGAAGAGCAAUACCUUGCACUCUCAUUUGUUGCAGUGACAAGCUGAUGCUAAGUUAACAUGUACAUAGCAAGCAAGGCCAUGCAGGCUGAGAGAGUGCCUUAUCCUGCAAAAUCUUAUAGCAAAAUGACACUGAGAGUUGAUUUAUUUGUACAUGUAAAAGUUUGACAAAAAAUGAACCUAUUGCUUUAUACAAUUUUUUAUUAAGAGUAUGGUCAGCAAAUGUAUCAUGCCUCUGCAAAUUUCUGUGAUGCUGAAAGAAAUGCCUCUAAGUUUGAAUUGGGGGUUUUUGUGAACAAUCAGUGUGCUUUUUGAAGUGUGUUGUGAUCAGUAGGGUAUUUGUUCGAUUUGUUGUUUUGAGAACCAAAUCCAUUGAACAAUUUAUGAAAUUUGGAAAAAACUGUCAGCUGUUUUAUCUCUAUAUAAUAUAUACAUUAUAUAAUAUGUACAUUGUAUGUAUUAUAUAGUAUAUAUUAAAUAAUGUUUUAUAUUUUUUUUUAUAUUUCUGUUAGGAAGUGUAGUUUUUUGUUUAAUGAUUAGGAAAACAGUUCUCCUUUAGUUGCUUUAACGUAUACAAAUUUCCAAAAUUCACCUCAGUUAAUAUCUUCCUUUAGGAUUCUUAGAUGGUAUAACUUCUUAAAACAUAUUCAGAGAUGCAGCUCAUCGUUAAACUAAGUUAGCCAUAUUUUGUAUUGCUGCUAGCUUUUCACAUAAACAGUAUUCACACUUAAUGGGUUAGGUGCUUAAAUAUUAAUAGUCAUCUUUGUCUGGUGGUAGGCACCAGACACCUGGCUGCUGAAUUUGGUUUCCCCUCAUCAAAGCUGUCACAUGGAAUGCCAGCCAGGAGGACUUGGUGGGAAGAGAAGAUACAUGUCAACAAGCAGCAUGUACACACUGUUUUAAACCUUUUUCACAAUGGAACCAAAUAUCCAAGUUGCUGUAUGGUUAAGAUUGCAAAUCCAUAGGUGUUUUUUUAUUCCAGCAUUUCAUAUCCAGGACACAAAUUCAUGUUCUUUGUCCUACGAUAGGAAAUUGGUUGCAAAAUGAAUCAUACACUUUUAAUAAGUUUGGUAACUUUUAAACCAAAUAUAUUUACAUCAAGUUCUUGGCUUCUCGAAGCAACAUGAGUCAAAGCACAGUGUCAAGAUAAUGUCCUAUGACUUAGUGUCUCAACAACACUGUAAUCUUCGAGAGAAGUUUUAUUUCCACAUUCUCAGGAAAUGUCCUGUCUUCUGCAGUGUGCUUUCAUGCUGCUGCCUGGAGCCUCUUUGAAAUCAUUGUAGCAGCUCAAGAAGUUUAUCCACAAAAUAUUUCACCCAUCUUGACACAAUAGAAAUGAUUUUUUACAUCAUAUAUAUUUGAAGCCUUAUAUGAUAUAAAAUGCAUAUUAUUUAAAAAACAAUCUACACUUAAAGGAAUUACUUCUGUUAUAAGUGGUACUCAUGACUACUUAGUUAAUACACAUUAGAUUCCUCCUAAUAUAAAAUAGAACAGUGUGGUUUAUUUCAUUUCAGUCCGAUGCCAGAGCUGAAGAGAUUAAAUUUAGAAAAGUUUAUCUAUCUCAGUAAUCACUGACCUUGAAACACAAGUCCCAUCUGAGUCUGCAGAAACCAGCAGAGCUCUGCUGAGGAAGGAGUCCCAGAGGCCCUGGGAUUCUCCUGAGGCAAUGAAAGUAUAGUUGUAAACAAGGAAAUGUGAACUUCUCUUGUGGGAAAAGUCUAAGACAAUUAGCUUUACUGAAGAGAAAAUGGUUUAAAAUGAGGCUGAAUAAUUGGUAAUAGUUUAAAUGUACAUGCAUGUGCAUAUAUGCUUUUGGGAAACAUGUGCCAAUACAUUAUUGCACCUGAAGAUUUCCUUGUGGACGGGUGAGUAUCCACAUUGAACAUUCAGGGCAUGACUAUUUAUAUACAGCUAAAUAUUAUAUAUAUAUUUUUAUUUUUUAAUGUACAAAUAUCCAGUACCUAUAGAGUUGAUGUCCCUGGAUAAGUCAUUUAACCAUAACUAGUGGAAUAAAUGUGAUGCACUCAAGUAGAAUUUUACUUUUAUUACAGCCAUGCCUUGAUUAUGCACUCUGAAUUUGUUUGAUAUUUGGAUAGUGUCAAAUAUCCAUUAUAUCAGUAUAUCAGGACUUUUGCCAACUCUAACUAUACAAUUGCUGAAAUAGUUUUCUAAAAUAGAAAUCGUAUCAUAAACCCAGUACAGCAACAGUAGCCUGAACCCUAUAUUCUAGAAUCUAGUAAAUUUAUUUAUAAUAGCUUAUAAGGAAAAGUUUUCUUUAAAAGAGCAAAUUGGGUAUUAACACAAAUUUAGAAAAUGAUGCAAAUUAGCAAUAAAAUAUGUUAGUGUAGCAUUAUAGACUGUGGCCAGAUACUAACUGCUUUGACCGUAGUAUCCCAAUGACAAUAAAAGAUGAUCUUUGUUUUAAAGAUUCAUUUAAAUUUGUCCUUAUUUUUAUAGAUAACAGUAGGUGUCAUGAUUCAGUGACUGGGCUGACUUUUAAGGUGGAUAGCCAUGGAGUUAGGUACGAUUAUUUUAAAUUGGUAAACACUGAACAUAAAAGUUUUGAAAAUUGUUUAAAAUAAUGGUCUACUUAACACUGUACUUUUAUGACUUCUGAAACAACACUCCAUUUUCCAGAAGUCAGAGACUAGGAAGCCAAUAAUUUUGUAGUAAUGAUCUUUAUACUAAAGAUGGAAAAGCAAUCAUGAAGUUUUAUGUAUAUAGAUAGCAAGUGUUCGAGUCACCAUAUAUAUAAUAUAUAUAUAUAUAUGUGUAUAUAUAUAUAUAUAGCUGUGUGUAUAAUACAUAAAAUUCUCCCCAGAUACAUGAAUAAUAAAACUAAAUAUGUUCUCCCAUGUAAUUAUAGCUAGUGCUCUUACAUUUUAAUUACUCCCAAAUUCUUAGACAUUAUGAAACUUUUUUCACAUUGUUUUCAAAGGUUCUGGUUUUACCUUGAGGCCGAUACUAAUCCUCUUUUUGAAAAAUAUAUUUGGAAUUAAGUUCGGAAAAUUAUUAUUUCAACUUAGUUUCCUUAGGGAGAAAGGACAGAGUCCUAGAUGGAAGCCUCUGGAGAAAUACUUAUUUAAAACUUCGAAUGAAUUUGUGAUAUGGUUCAGGCUUAGAGAUUAUGGUACCUGCUUCCCUCUUGUUCUAUUGGAUCUGCUGUGAGAAUUCAUGUAAUAACAUCUGUAAUGUAUUUGGAGUUCUUGGGAGAAAUUUAGUAUUUUAAAUAAUAGGAUUAUUGUAUAUAUUACAAGUUAAUAUUAUUCACAAACUUUUAAGAAUACAACUGACUAAUAAUUCAUCAUACCAGUUUUUAUGUAUACAUUGUGUAUCUGAAAAAGAUAACAGUUCUGUAUUUUUUAAGGUAAGAUUAUUUUUUAAUUGCAUUUUUGUUAGCUUCAAGUUUUAUUCAUUUUAAAAUAUUUCCCAUAAUUUAUCAUAUUCCUUUGUGUGUUUCUGAAAUGAUUUAGUGCACAGAAUCAAAAAUGAGUCCUUAAUACACUAAAAAGUGAAGGAAUGAUGUUAUCUCAUUUCUGAGGUAAGAACUUAAAACCGUGGUUUGCACCAUUUUGGCAAUACACUGCACUUUCUUUAAAAUAGUCUCUUUUUUGGUAAAAAUAGAGCUGAUGUACUUCUACUGGCUGAGAUCCUAAUUCUGACUCCUAACCAUCUUACCUUUGAUAAAAUAUAUAUCCUCCUUUACUUUUAAUAUUCCACUCGUUAAAAAAGGCUAACUUAAUAUUUCUCUUCACCUUAAAUUACAAGAAAUAAUUUGUAACUCUGAUGUGGUAAAUGCUAAAUUGGAAAAUCCUUAUUAGGCUACUUUAUGUUUAUUAUAUGUAUUCACUUGCCUUGAGGUUGCUUAUCUUUUAGUUCUUUCAAAGUGUAUCUCUUUUGGAAGUAACAUAGUGAAUGGUGCACACCAUUCAGAAAUUCUACCUUGGGUUUUAAAACAGCCCUGAGGAUGUAGUUCAGCCCUGAAGAGGUUCUGUUCUCUUAGUGGCCUGGUUAGAAAGUCCAUUAUAGUUUAGAAUCCUAAGUCCAAACCCUUAGCAAAUCCUUGCUGCCAAUCAGACCACUCAUGAGUCAAGCAAAAUAUAAGUAAGCAAUUCAGUACUUUAUUACAUCUGAAGACACUCUGAUCUUUGCCCCUUGAAGCUGUCCUACCUUUGUUCCUAGGCCUGAAGUUGAUUACUGCAGCCCUGUUGUUUAACUCAUAGUAUUAAGUUUAAAAGGCAUCUGUUUGUUUGAAAGGAAAAACCUUCAGUCAGGUCUGGUUAGGGAAUCUCGAAUCCAACAUGAAUGCAUUUUAGUUUUGUUCUCUAAUUGCUUCGUGACUGUUGGCUGAUAACGCAGUGCUGUGAUAAAUCUAACUUUCCUCUACACACCAAAGUCGGUAAGAAGCUUUUUUUUUUCCUACUGACUUUUUACCGUUUCCUAAUCUCUAGCACAAACUGAAUGAACACAUCUACAGUUACUGUAAAUGCUACUCACAACUUGGCAGAUUAAAUGACUCAGUGCUUGUAAACCUGUCUUAAGUCCUACUGAACAGGUAUUGCAGCUACCACAGAGCAGAAGCCAAAAGUCUUAUUUUAAAAUAAGUAGGAAAUAGAGGUCUUUAUUGCAUUUCAGAAACAGCAAGCUAGGGGUUAGAAACACAAAUACAGCACGCUGUGCCUGAAAUUUGACUCUUCUCACAUCAGUCAAGGUGACCUGGGAGCUUGGAAGAAGAGGGGAAAAGCAUAGCAUCAGAAACUCCUGCUAUAAAUUACCAACACUAAACCAGAAGUCAUCAGUUAAAAUACGUGGUUCUCAUCUUACUCUUAAAUAGGAGAGUCAGGCAGUGGUAUGAGUAACCUUGCUUCGAAGACAGGUGGUUCUGGUAAACAUGGUGCAACAGACAAAUGCUUUAGUCUUCAGGUAGAACCUGAUUUGACGAAUAGCUUAUCUCCAUCUGUAAUAGAUACACAAUAUAAGUAUUUCUUUUGUGUGUCCUCUUUAAAAAAGAAUGCUGACUCCUCUUUUUUCAGUGACAUUGACUUUUAAGAAAGUGGUAUCUUGUAUUUUGCUAUAGAAGAAUGAGCACUGGGAUUCAGCAACUGGUGUAAUUUCCACAUGGUAUGUUAUCUCUGUUAGAGCCCUUGAUGAGUAUUUGAUGUGAAGACUUUGGGGGAUUUUUUUCCAUCUCAUUUUGGUGUAUCUUUAUUUUGAACACAUGCAUGCUCUUUUUAACCUCUAGUCUUUGAAAUGAUUGUAGAAGAGAAAUUUUUUUUUUUAAUGGAGGGCAUCUUCUAAGAAUGCUUCUUAGCAACCUAAAAAAUCAAAGCUGAACAAAAACUACUAAAGUAAGUUUCUGGUGAAAAAGUUUAAAAAUAAAAUUAAUUGCUGCUGCUUUCCAAGUAAUUGUAAUACUGGUUCCUGUGUAAAAAAAAAUUAUUGCUGUCCUUGUAUAAAUAAAAUUUUCCUGCAGUACAAUUAAGUAUUGAUUUCUCAGAAACUAUCCCCAUAAAUUUUUUCACAUAUUUCCAUAUGUUGUCCAAAACAAAAAUUAUGGAAAUGUCUAAUCUGUGAGAUUGCAUACUCCUGGUAAAAUAUUUUUGUAUAUAUAAAGAAAUAAAUAUUUAAUAUUGGAAAAA